UGGAAGUGAGCUCAUGGUAGUUGAAUCAUAUACAGAAAACAAUAUGUCAAUUACCAUGACCGGGCGACAUCAUGACCGUUACUGGCUGGGCUUAGCUUCGUUGGAUGACUUGAGAACCAACACACUAGAGUCAGCAGCAGGAAUGCUUGUCUCUCAGUAUGCAGGCUUCUGGGCAUCAAAACAACCAAAUCCAAAAUCCGGUGAAUGUGUUGAUGUAGCUGUUACUGAUGAUCAACAACAACAAUCAUGGGAAUUGACAACAUGUGAAUCAUUGUUACCUUUUAUGUGUCGUGCAAAUGCUUGUCCUGCAGGAUCAUUCCAUUGUUCAAAUGGUAAAUGUAUAAAUUCUGCAUUCAAGUGUGAUAAACAAGAUGACUGUGGUGAUUAUUCAGAUGAAAUUGAUUGUUCAAAUAAUUGUCAAUAUUACAUGGCAAGUAGUGGUGAUGUUGUUGAAAGUCCAAAUUAUCCACACAAAUAUACACCAUUAAGUAAUUGUAAAUGGACACUUGAAGGUCCACAAGGUCAUAAUAUUCUUCUUCAAUUUCAAGAAUUUGAAACUGAAAAAAGUUUUGAUAUUGUACAAAUUCUUGUUGGUGGUAGAACUGAAGAAAAAUCAGUUAAUUUAGCAACAUUAUCUGGUAAACAAGAAUUAAGUAAUAAAUUAUUUGUAUCAGCAUCAAAUUUUAUGAUUAUUAAAUUUAGUACUGAUGGAUCUGUUGAAAGAAAAGGUUUUCGUGCAUCAUGGAAAACUGAGCCACAAAAAUGUGGUGGUGUAUUACGUGCAACAUCACAAGGACAAAUAUUAAAUUCACCUGGUUAUCCACAAAAUUAUCCAGGUGGUUUAGAAUGUCUGUAUAUUAUACAAGCACAACCAGGACGUAUAAUAUCACUUGAAAUUGAAGAUUUAGAUUUAGAAAUGAAUCGUGAUUAUAUACUUGUACGUGAUGGUGAUACACCAAUGAGUAAACCAAUAGCAAGAUUAACUGGUAAAAAACAUGAUAAUCCAAAUGUUAUUAUGUCAACAAGUAAUAAUUUAUAUUUAUAUUUUAAAACAUCAUUGGGUGAUUCAAAAAAAGGUUUUAAUAUACGUUAUAGUCAAGGUUGUCGUGCAACAAUAAUAUCAAUGAAUGGAACAAUACAAUCACCAUCAUUUGGUUUAAAUGAAUAUCCAAAUAAUCAAGAAUGUCUUUAUCGUGUUAAAAAUCCAAAAGGUAGUCCAUUAUCAUUAAAAUUCAUAAAUUUUAAUGUACAUAAUACGGAUUUUGUACAAGUUUAUGAUGGCUCAAAUACAAAUGGUUUACGUUUACAUUCUGGUGAUGGUUUUACAUCAAAUACAAAACCAAAAAUAACAUUAACUGCUGAAAGUGGAGAAAUGCUUGUUAGAUUUGUAUCAGAUGCAUUAAAAAGUUCAGCUGGUUGGCAAGCUGAAUUUUCAUCAGAUUGUCCAGUAUUAACAGCUGGUGAUGGUGCACUUGCAAGUAGUCGUGAUACAGCAUUUGGUACAAUUGUUACAUUUUCAUGUCCACUUGGACAAGAAUUUGCAACUGGUAAAACAAAAAUAUUAACUGAAUGUUUACCUGGUGGUAAUUGGUCAAUAACAUAUAUACCAAAAUGUCAAGAAGUUUAUUGUGGACCAGUACCACAAAUUGAUAAUGGUUUUUCAAUUGGUUCAUCAAAUGUAACAUAUCGUGGUCUUGCAACAUAUCAAUGUUAUGCAGGUUUUGCAUUUCCAACUGGUAGACCAAUUGAAAAAAUAUCAUGUUUAGCUGAUGGUAGAUGGGAAAAAAAACCAUCAUGUUUAGCAUCACAAUGUGCACCGCUACCUGAUGCACCAAAUUCAAAUAUGACAAUAUUAAAUGGUGGUGGUAGAAGUUAUGGUACAAUUGUACGUUUUGAAUGUGAACCUGGUUAUGUUAGAUCUGGACAUCCAGUUAUUUUAUGUAUGAGUAAUGGUACAUGGUCUGAUAAUGUACCAACUUGUACACGUGCAAAAUGUACAAUAUUACCAAUUGUACAAAAUGGCAUUGUUGUUGAUACAAAUAGAGAUUAUUAUUAUGGUGAUGAAGCAAGAGUACAAUGUAAUCGUGGUUAUAAAUUAACUGGAUUAAAUAUUAUAACAUGUGGUGAUAAUCAAUUAUUUCAAAAUGUUCCAAUAUGUGAAGAUAUUAAUGAAUGUGCAUCAAGUCAAUGUGAUUUAGCAUCAACUGAAUGUAUUAAUAGUCCUGGUGCAUUUUCAUGUAAAUGUAAAUCUGGUUUUUCACCAACAAUGGAAUGUCGUCCAAUUGGUGAUUUAGGUUUAAUAAAUGGUGGUAUUUCUGAUGAUUCAAUAACAGUAUCAAGUUCAGAAAAUGGUUAUACUAAAAAUGGCAUUAGAUUAAAUCAUGGUGAUGGAUGGUGUGGUAAUUCAAUUGAACCUGGUACAAAUUGGGUUAUGAUUGAUAUGAAAUCACCAACAAUAAUACGUGGUUUUAGAACACAAGUUGUUGCUAGAAGUGAUGGUAAUAUUGCAUUUACAUCAGCAGUUAGAAUACAAUAUACUGAUAAUUUAACUGAUAUAUUUAGAGAUUAUACAAAUCCAGAUGGUACACCAGUUGAAUUUAGAAUUGUUGAACCAACUUUAUCUGUAUUAAAUUUACCAGUACCAAUUGAAACACGUUAUAUUAAAUUUAGAAUACAAGAUUAUGUUGGUGCACCAUGUGUUAAAUUAGAAAUAAUGGGAUGUACACGUUUAGAAUGUUCUGAUAUUAAUGAAUGUUCAAUAAAUAAUGGUGGUUGUCAACAAAAAUGUAUUAAUAAUCCUGGUAGUUAUUCAUGUAUGUGUAAUAAUGGCUAUGAAUUAUAUAAACAAAAUGGUACAGCUGGUUUUAAUAUUGGUAAAUCUGAAAAUGGUGAAAGAGAUGGUGAUUUAUAUCAAAGAAAUAAAACAUGUGUACCAGUUAUGUGUACAAAUUUAUCAGCACCAGAUAAUGGUAAAAUAUUAUCAACAAAAGAAAAAUAUCAUUAUGGUGAUAUUGUUAAAUUUCAAUGUAAUUUUGGAUAUGUAUUAGCUGGUUCAACAACUGUACAUUGUACAUCAAGUGGUGUAUGGAAUGGUACAACACCAGAAUGUCAAUUUGCAAAAUGUGUAUCAUUACCUGAUGAUAAAAAUGAGGGUUUAUCUGUAUUAAGAAAUGAUGAGACAAGUGUAUUGGUACCAUUUAGUCAAAAUGUAACACUUAAAUGUGGUAGUAAUGGUAAAUCAUUGAGAAAUACAGUAACAUCAGAUUUUCGUCAAUGUGUUUAUGAUCCAAAACCUGGUUUACCAGAUUAUUGGUUAUCUGGUGCACAACCUGGUUGUCCACGUGCUGAUUGUGGUAAACCAUUACCAACACCAGGUGCUGAAUAUGGUCAAUAUGAUGAUACAAAAUAUCAAUCAUCAUUUUUCUUUGGUUGUCAGGAUACAUUUAAACUUGCUGGACAAACAAAUCGUCAUGAUAAUGUUGUACGUUGUCAAGCAAAUGGUGUAUGGGAUUUUGGUGAUUUAAGAUGUGAAGGACCAGUAUGUGAAGAUCCAGGAAGACCAAGUGAUGGUGUACAAAUAUCAAGAAGUUAUGAACAAGGAUCUGAAGUACAAUUUAGUUGUAGUAGACCUGGUUAUAUAUUAAUUAAUCCAAGACCAAUACAAUGUUUACGUGAACCAGAAUGUAAAGUUGUUAAACCACUUGGUAUUGCAUCUGGACGUAUACCAGAUUCAUUAAUAAAUGCAACAUCUGAACGUUCAAAUUAUGAAGCUAAAAAUGUUAGAUUAAAUUCUGUAACUGGUUGGUGUGGUAAACAAGAAUCAUUUUCAUAUAUUAGUGUUAAUCUUGGUAAAGUAUAUAGAGUUAAAGCAAUUCUUGUAAAAGGUGUUGUUACAAAUGACAUUGUUGGUCGUCCAACUGAAAUACGUUUUUUUUAUAAACAAUCUGAAGAAGAAAAUUAUGUUGUUUAUUUUCCAAAUUUUAAUUUAACAAUGAGAGAUCCUGGUAAUUAUGGUGAACUUGCAAUGAUAACAUUACCAAAAUAUGUACAAGCAAAACAUGUUAUAUUGGGUGUUGUUAGUUAUAUGGAAAAUCCAUGUCUUAAAUUUGAAUUAAUGGGUUGUGAAGAGCCAAAAAUUGAACCAUUACUUGGUUAUGAUUAUGGUUUUUCACCAUGUGUUGAUAAUGAACCACCUGUUUUUCAAAAUUGUCCACAACAACCAAUUGUUGUACAAAAAGGAUUAGAUGGUGGUUUAUUACCAGUUAAUUUUACUGAACCAACAGCAAUUGAUAAUAGUGGUAGUAUUGCUAGAUUAGAAGUUAAACCACAUAAUUUUAAAACACCAAUUAGAAUAUUCCAAGAUACUGUUGUCAAGUAUGUUGCAUUUGAUUAUGAUGGUAAUGUUGCAAUAUGUGAAAUAAAUAUAACAGUACCAGAUUUAACACCACCAAAAUUAAGUUGUCCACAAAGUUAUGUUAUUGAACUUACUGAUCAUCAAGAUAAAUAUUCAGUUAAUUUUAAUGAAACAAGAUCAAGAAUAAAUGCAACAGAUUCAUCUGGACCAGUUAAAAUUAUAUAUUUACCUGAAAGAUCAAUAAUACCAAUUGGUGGAUUUGAAAAUGUAACUGUUUAUGCUGUUGAUUCAAGUGGUAAUAGAGCAUCAUGUCAUUUUCAAGUAUCUGUACAAGCAACACCAUGUGUUGAUUGGGAAUUAAAACCACCAGCAAAUGGUAUUACAAAAUGUGUCCCUGGUAAUUUAAAUAUGAAAUCAUGUACUGCAACAUGUAAAUCAGGUUAUCGUUUUACUGAUGGUGCAUUAAAAAAAUCAUUUACAUGUGAUCCAAUAAAUAAAUGGUCACCAGCAUCAGUUGUACCAGAUUGUGUAUCAGAAAAUACACAACAAGCUGAUUAUCAUUUUAUUGUAUCAGUUAUUUAUCGUGCAAAUGGUGCAUUACAUCGUUCAUGUGUACCACAAUAUCAAGAUUUAUUGGCACAAUCAUAUAAUAAAUUAAAUGCUGCAUUAACACAUCGUUGUUCAGCUGUUGAUGUUAAUAUGAAUGUAUCAUUUAUACGUUCAAUACCUUUAUUAAUGGAAGAAAAUUUAUUAAAAAUAGAUUUUGUAUUAACAAUUGUACCAGCAGUUAAACAAACUCAACUUUAUGAUUCUUGUGGUCAAACAUUAAGUAUUGUAUUUGAUUUAUCUGUACCACAUAAUACUGAUUCAAUUGAUUCAUUAUUAAAUGUAUUAUCAAUUGGUAAUCAAUGUCCACCAUUAAAAGCAUUAAAAUCAACAACAUCACGUGAUUUUACAUGUAGUAUUGGUGAAGUAUUAAAUAUGGAUACAAAUGAUGUACCAAGAUGUCUUCAUUGUCCAGCUGGUACAUUUGCUGCUGAAAAACAAAAAACAUGUACACCAUGUGAAAAAGGUUAUUAUCAAAAUAGUGAUCGUCAAGGUUCAUGUUUAAGUUGUCCAUUUGGUACAUAUACUAAAGAAACUGGAUCAAAAAAUAUUGAUGAUUGUAUACCAGUAUGUGGUUAUGGUACAUAUUCACCAACUGGACUUGUACCAUGUCUUGAAUGUCCAAGAAAUAGUUAUUCUGGUCAACCACCAACUGGUGGUUAUAAAGAUUGUCAAACUUGUCCAGCAGGUACAUUUACAUAUCAACCAUCAGCACCAGGAAAAGAUCGUUGUCGUGCUAAAUGUGCACCUGGUACAUAUUCUGAUACUGGUCUUGCACCAUGUGUUGUAUGUCCUAAAAAUUUUUAUCAAGCACAACAUGGUGCAACAACAUGUAUUGAAUGUCCAACAAAUAUGUUUACUGAUAAAUCAAAUUCAGCUGGUAGAGAAGAAUGUAAACUUGUACAAUGUGGUGAUUCAGCAUGUUAUAAUAAUGGUCUUUGUGUACCAAUGGGACAUGAAACACAAUGUUUAUGUCCAGCUGGUUUUUCAGGAAGAAAAUGUGAAAUUGAUAUUGAUGAAUGUGCAUCACAACCAUGUUAUAAUGGUGCAACAUGUACUGAUUUACCACAAGGUUAUCGUUGUAAAUGUCCAACUGGUUAUUCUGGUAUAAAUUGUCAAGAUGAAAAAUCUGAUUGUAAUAAUGAUACAUGUCCAGAAAGAGCUAUGUGUAAAGAUGAACCUGGUUAUAAUAAUUAUACUUGUCUUUGUCGUUCUGGUUAUACUGGUGUUGAUUGUGAUAUAACAAUAAAUCCAUGUACUGCUAGUGGUAAUCCAUGUAAUAAUGGUGCAACAUGUGUACCAUUACAACAAGGAAGAUUUAAAUGUGAUUGUUUGCCUGGUUGGGAAGGACAAAGUUGUGAAAUAAAUACAAAUGAUUGUGCUGAACGUCCAUGUUUACUUGGUGCAAAUUGUACUGAUCUUGUUAAUGAUUUUAAUUGUGAUUGUCCAUCUGGUUUUACUGGUAAACGUUGUCAUGAAAAAAUUGAUCUUUGUUCUGGUAAUCCAUGUUUAAAUGGUAUUUGUAUUGAUAAAUUAUUUAUUCAUCAAUGUAUAUGUCAUCCUGGUUGGACUGGUUCUGCUUGUGAAAUAAAUAUAAAUGAAUGUUCAAAUAAACCAUGUAAAAAUAAUGGUCAAUGUUUUGAUGGUAUUGAUGAAUAUACAUGUAUUUGUGAGCCUGGUUUUACUGGACAACAAUGUCAACAUACAAUUAAUUAUUGUUCAUCUGAACCAUGUCAACAUGGUGGUUCAUGUAUUGAUCAACUUGAAAGUUUUAUAUGUAAAUGUCGUCCUGGUUAUGUUGGUUUACAAUGUGAAGCUGAAAUAAAUGAAUGUUUAAGUGAUCCAUGUAAUCCAGUUGGUACUGAUCAUUGUCAAGAUCUUGAUAAUAAUUAUAUAUGUCAUUGUCGUAAAGGUUAUACUGGUGAUGCAUGUGAAAUAAAUAUUGAUGAUUGUAAAUCAGAACCAUGUCUUAAUGGUGCAACUUGUCUAUAAAUGUGUGAUGGCAUAUACAUUGGAAUGUGUCAAAAUCAUCCAUGUCAAAAUGAUGCUGAUUGUGUUAAUUUAUUCCAAGACUUUUUCUGUGUAUGUCCAUCUGGAACAGAUGGUAAACAAUGUGAAACAGCACCAGAAAGAUGUAUUGGUAAUCCAUGUAUGCAUAAUGGACGUUGUCAAGAUUUUGGUUCUGGUCUUAAUUGUACUUGUCCUGAUGAUUAUACUGGUAUUGGUUGUCAAUAUGAGUAUGAUGCAUGUCAAGAUGGUGCAUGUAAAAAUGGUGCAACAUGUAUGGAUAAUGGAGCUGGUUUUACAUGUGUAUGUCCACCAGGUUAUACUGGUAAAACUUGUGAAGAUGAUAUUAUUGAUUGUAAAGAAAAUUCAUGUCCACCAUCAGCAACAUGUAUUGAUUUAACUGGUAAAUUUUUCUGUCAAUGUCCAUUUAAUUUAACUGGUGAUGAUUGUAGAAAAACAAUACAAGUUGAUUAUGAUUUAUAUUUUACUGAUACAACAAGAAGUAGUGUAUCACAAGUUAUUCCAUUUUUUACUGGUGGACAAAAAAGUUUAACUGUUGCAAUGUGGGUACAAUUUACACAAAAAGAUGAAGCUGGUAUAUUUUUUACACUUUACAGUGUUAGUUCAUCAUAUGUACCAACAAAUCGUAGACCAAUGAUUCAAGCACAUAGUAAUGGUGUACAAGUAUCAUUAUUUAAUGAUUUACAAGAUGUUUAUUUACCAUUUAGAGAAUAUGCAACAAUUAAUGAUGGACAAUGGCAUCAUGUUGCUGUUGUUUGGAAUGGUGAAAAUGGUGGUGAAUUAAUACUCAUAACAGAAGGUUUAAUUGCAAGUAAAACUGAGGGUUAUGGAAGUGGAAGAAAUUUACCACCAUAUGGAUGGACAGUAUUGGGUAAACCAAGAAGUGAAAAUACAAAAGGUUAUACUGAAUCUGGUUUUCAAGGACAUUUAACAAAAGUACAAAUAUGGUCUAGAGCAUUACAUGUUACAAAUGAAAUACAAAAACAAGUUAGAGAUUGUAGAACAGAGCCUGUAUUAUAUCAAGGACUUGUAUUAACAUGGGCUGGUUAUGAUGAAAGUUUUGGUGGUGUUGAAAGAAUUGUACCAUCUCAUUGUGGUCAAAGAAUAUGUCCACCUGGUUAUGGUGGUAGUAAAUGUCAACAACUUGAAGCUGAUAAAAUAUCACCAAAAGUUGAACAUUGUCCUGGUGAUUUAUGGGUUAUUGCUAAAAAUGGUUCAUCAAUUGUAACAUGGGAUGAGCCACGUUUUUCUGAUAAUGUUGGUGUUGUUAAAAUACAAGAAAAAAGUGGUCAUAGAUCUGGUCAAACAUUAUUAUGGGGAACAUAUGAUAUUAGUUUUGUUGCAUAUGAUCAAGCUGGUAAUUCAGCUGGUUGUAAUUUUAAAGUAUAUGUACUUGCUGAUUUUUGUCCUCAAUUAAAUGAUCCAGUUGGUGGUACACAACAAUGUAAAGAUUGGGGAUCUGGUGGACAAUUUAAAGUUUGUGAAAUUAAUUGUAAUCAAGGCUUGAGAUUUUCACAACAAGUACCUAAAUUUUAUACAUGUGGAGCUGAAGGUUUUUGGCGACCAACUAAUGAUCCAACAUUACCAAUUGUUUAUCCAGCUUGUACAUUAUCAAAUUCAGCACAAAGAGUAUUUAGAAUUAAAAUGAAUUUCCCAACUUCUGUACUUUGUAAUGAAGCUGGACAAGGUGUUCUUAAACAAAAAGUUAGAAAUGCUGUUAAUUCAUUAAAUAGAGAUUGGAACUUUUGCUCUUAUUCAUUUGAAGGUACACGUGAAUGCAAAGAUUUGAAAAUUGAUGUACAAUGUGAUCAUAGAGUUCGUACAACAAGAGAAGUCAAUGAAGAUGAUGGUGGUACAUAUAUAAUUUCAGCUGAUGUUCCAGCAGAAUCUGAUCCAAUUCAAAAUUCAAAUUCAAAUGAUCGUGCAAAUGUACAGAAUUUAUUGGAAAAACUAAUUCUCGAAGAAAAUCAAUUUGAUGUUCAUGAUAUUCUUCCAAAUACUGUACCUGAUCCAGCUUCUUUGAUUCUACAAUCUGAUUAUGCUUGUCCAAUUGGACAAGUUGUUAUGGCUCCUGAUUGUGUUCCAUGUGCAAUUGGUAGUUAUUAUGAUGAAUCAUCACGUACAUGUCAACCUUGUCCAGUUGGUACAUAUCAAAGUGAAUCUGGUCAGCUAAAAUGUAGUAGUUGUCCAGUAAUUGCUGGACGUUCAAGUGUAACAAUUGGUUCAGGAGCAAGAAGUGCUGCUGAUUGUAAAGAACGUUGUCCAGCUGGUAAAUUUUAUGAUGAUAAUGAUGGUCUUUGUCGUAGUUGUGGUCAUGGUUUUUAUCAACCAAAUGAAGGAAGUUUUUCAUGUUUACUUUGUGGUCUUGGUAAAACAACAAGAACAGCUGAAGCAGUAUCACAUGAAGAAUGUCGUGAUGAGUGUGGAUCCGGUCAACAAUUAGCUGCUGAAGGUAAAUGUGAACCAUGUCCAAAAGGUACAUAUCGUAGUCAAGGUGUACAAGCAGCAUGUCAAGCAUGUCCAUUAGGUAGAACAACACCAAAUAUUGGUUCAUCAGCUGUUGAAGAAUGUUCAUUACCAGUAUGUGAACCAGGUACAUAUUUAAAUGGUACACUUAAUCAAUGUUUACAAUGUAAAAAAGGUACAUAUCAAUCAGAAACACAACAAACAUUUUGUAUACCAUGUCCACCAAAUACAAGUACACAAAAUUUAGCAGCUAAAAAUAAAGAUGAAUGUACAAAUCCAUGUGAAAUGAAUGGUAAAGAUAUGCAUUGUGAUUCAAAUGCAUAUUGUUUAUUAAUACCAGAAACAAGUGAUUUUAAAUGUGAAUGUAAACCUGGUUAUAAUGGUACUGGUACAAAUUGUACUGAUGUAUGUACUGAUUAUUGUGACAAUGAAGGUACAUGUAUUAAAGAUUUACGUGGACAACCAUCAUGUAGAUGUAGUGGUAGUUUUACUGGCAAACAUUGUGAAGAAAAAUCUGAAUUUUUCUAUGUUAUGGGUGGUAUUGCUGGUGGUGUUAUAAUAAUUAUAUUUAUUGUAUUAUUAGUAUGGAUGAUAUGUGUUAGAUCAACAAGAAAACGUGAACCUAAAAAAAUGAUUACACCAGCUACUGAUCAAAAUGGAUCACAAGUUAAUUUUUAUUAUGGUGCACCAACACCAUAUGCUGAAUCAAUUGCACCAUCACAUCACAGUACAUAUGCACAUUAUUAUGAUGAUGAAGAGGAUGGUUGGGAGAUGCCUAAUUUUUACAAUGAGACUUAUAUGAAAGAGAGUCUACAUAAUGGAGGUAAAAUGAAUAGUUUAGCACGUUCAAAUGCUAGUAUAUAUGGCACCAAGGAUGAUCUUUAUGAUAGACUGAAACGUCAUGCAUAUUCUGGCAAAAAAGAUAAAAGUGACAGUGACAGCGAGGGUCAAUGACAAAUCAAUAAUAUGUCAACGUUUCUUUAAAAUCACUAAAGAAACAAUGAGUCAUCAUAAUUAAUAAUCAUAAAUCGGCAUGGUGUUGUUGGGGCUCAUUGAAAUAAAAAAACAUAAUUUUCAUGAUAAAUUUUUUUUUUUUUUUUUAUAAAUAUAUAUAUACUUGUAUGAAUUUGUUGAAAUCGAGUGAGCCCACGACGACUCAAGUCCUGGAGAAAUGAUCGAAAAUAUCGAUCAUUUCUUCGGCACAUUUGUCGAAAUUUUUAAAUUACCAAUUUUUUUUUUUUUAAAAUAAAUUUAAUUAUUUUUAUUUAAUUUUAAUAUGAGCGAAUGAAUGAUGAUCGAAUUUAUUUUUUAGUAUGAUUGUUUUUCUAUUUUAAUUGAUAUUAUUUAAAUAACAAAAAUUAAAUUACUUGAAAUUUUAUACAAUUCAUUUAUAAUAUUUAAAUGCAAUUUUAAUUAAUUUUCAUGAAUUUUAUAUAUGAGAUACACGACUAGGUGCGAUAGUGACAAG